GGCUCGGUCAUGGAGCGCUCUUCUUUUUCUAAAUAUUCCUGGAUCGACUUUGUCUUCUCCGUGAUCGGAGUGUGCACUUUCCUUGUGGACUGGGGCUCGGACGUAUGGGUGGCCACGGAGUUUUACUUCCGCGGGGACUUUUUCUGGUUCGGGGUGCUGGUCGGCCUCAUGGUCCUGUCCUCUGUCGUGGUCCAAAUGUUCAGCUGGUUCUGGUUCAAGUACGACCGAGAGCUGCCGGGGUUCUGCACUCAGAUCGGAGCUGGAACCAUACUCUUUGGGAAUAAAGUGAAGCUCUCCUGCCUGUUGCAUGUGCUGCAGCUGGGUUUCUUUUGCAGGCACAUCUCUGCCAUACGCCAAGGCUUCAGGGUUUGGUGGCGGAAACAGGAAGGGUCAGAGUACGCUGUUUACUUGACACAUGACCUCAGCAUGCUCCGACUCAUUGAGACGUUCUGUGAGAGUGCUCCUCAGCUGACCCUGAUGAUCUAUGUCAUGCUGCGCACCAACAAGGCCAGGAUUGUUCAGUUUGUGAGCAUUGCUGCCUCGACCACCUCCAUAGCCUGGAUGGUGGUUGAUUAUCACCGGUCUCUGCGCUCCUUCCUCCCAGACAAAGCCAAGCAGACCUGUGGUUCCUCUUUGAUCUACUUCCUGUGGAACCUGCUGCUAAUCGCUCCACGUGUGGCAGCCCUCGCCCUGUUUGCUUCGGUCCUGCCCGAGCUGAUCGCUGUCCACUUUCUCAUGCUUUGGCUUGUCUUUGUUUCAUGGGUGUGGCAACAGAAGACAUACUUCAUGGACAGCGUGGGUGGUGAGUGGCUCUACCGGGCCACUGUAGGACUCAUUUGGUACUUCAGCUGGUUUAACGUAGCAGAGGGUCAGACUCGUGGCAGGAGCCUCAUCUACCAUUCCUUCAUCACCACUGAUGGAGGAAUCCUGCUGGUGACCUGGUGGUGUUACAGGGACCCUGUCCAGAGUGAGUCAUAUGCCCUCGCUCUGAUAAUUGCUCUACCUCUCACCUAUCUCCUGGGCCUUCUCUUCAAAGCGCUCUACUACUGCUGCUUUCACCCCAAACUGUGGAGACCCCCGAUGAGGGACCCAGGACUGCCUGUUGAUCUGCCUGAUGCAGAAGUGUCCUUUAGAGACGUUUCCAUCCAGGACGGCACACCGUCCUCCCAGCUUCUCAACAAACGAAUGGCCUAUCAUUCUGCUCGUUUUUACUCCGAGCAGAGAGCCAAUAGGAAGACUGAUAACACAAACAGAGCAGAGUUAUCACUUCUGUGA